AUGUCGGGACGUCGAGACAUCGCCGACAUCACUAUAUCAGGACGUCCGGAUGUUGUUGGCGUCGGGAUGUCGGGACAGCAUCAGUCACCCCCAGAACUUCUCGCUGGGGCUGUAUCCAGAAGUGUCUUCGCAAGUCCUAGUGGAAACAGGUCAGGCGAGCCUGGUGCAUCCGCUGACUUCUGGCUCAGCACUGAAGAUGAUUCUGUGGAAUAUCCUGGCUAUGGUCAGCCUGCUUCAGCUCCUCAAGCAAUUCGCAAUCUCGGUGGUCCUUCCAGUCUAGAAACCGCUUUCCGGCGCGGCGCGUCAAAAUCAGAGACCUUGGUCGAGCUCAAACUUCCGCCCGACGACUCCUUUGUGCAUCCAGUUCCUGGCGAAGUAGUCGCGAACGAUGCCAGCAUGAACUUGGAAACGCUGUUUCCAACUGUAGCAUCAACUCUAGGUCCUCCAGAAAUGAAUAUAUACCCGCAGCUUGUUGAAGAAGGCAUCGAUACUGCGAAAAACACGAAGCCAUCUUCAAAUCAAGCACUUCGAAGUAAUCUCCGAUUAUUCCCUCCGCCGAUAUUUAGUCGCCAAGGCAUUGCUCAAAGCUAUAAGUUGUUCAAAGGGAAUCCAGCUUCUAUUGUAUCAACUGUCGUCAACGAAGAAACCGGAGAGAAGAGACGAAUGAUCAACAGGAUGCGUUGGAAAGGCUAUGAUCCCGCUACUAUUGCGUUCUCGGAUCCCACCGCUCCUGACAAACCUCCGACGAAUGUAGGAGCAGUGCGGGAGCAAGUGGAUAAAAAUAUCCUGAGGAUCCUGAGGGACGUUUGGGGCGUUGAUCAUUUUCGAGAACUGGCAGGAGACGUACUGAACUUUGGACUGGCCAAAGAAGCGUCAGUCUCAUAUCCGGCCUAUGCCAACUCGGUUCAUUUGCUCACCGUCGCUGACGAUGUUGCUGUCCCUCGUUCUCGUAUCACACUUGUUGGACGACCCGGGCUUGUUGACCUUGGACCAACUUACAACUCGGGCUUAGACACGACUCUACGACCUCCAACUCCUCAUGUCAAACUCUGGACGCACCUGAAUAAUUACCAGCAUGAUCAUGUCAUGUUCGAGUACAACUCGGGCUUAGACACGACUCUACGACCUCCAACUCCUCAUGUCAAACUCUGGACGCACCUGAAUAAUUACCAGCAUGACCAUGUCAUGUUCGAGUACAACUCGGACUUAGACACGACUCUACGAAGCUCUACGACCUCCAACUCCUCAUGUCAAACUCUGGACGCACCCUCACACUUACCGCUGGAUCAAUGGAAUUGUGUCAUUUGGUUUAGAUAUCAGCGCAACGUUUUGCCUAAUUCUAUGAACUGUGGAAUCAACGCCCAGAAGAUGUCUCGCCGCCGCAGCACCACUCGAGACCCUCUAACUAUAUCUAGUCUGAAACAAUUCAAUCGUUUCUUUACAUUUUCUUCCAUCGAUUAG